AUGGCUGAGGGACUCGUGUUGAAGGGCACAAUGGUCGCCCACACCGACAUGGUCACGGCCAUCGCAACGCCGAUCGACAAUUCCGACAUUAUCGUCACAUCGUCGCGCGACAAGUCAAUCAUCCUCUGGAAACUCACCAAGGACGAGAAAUCGUACGGUGUCGCUCAGCGCAGGCUCACCGGACACUCCCAUUUCGUGGAGGACGUUGUUCUCUCCUCCGAUGGACAAUUCGCUCUCUCCGGAAGCUGGGACGGCGAGCUUCGUCUCUGGGAUCUCGCUACCGGCGUCUCCACCCGCCGAUUCGUCGGACACACCAAGGACGUCCUCUCCGUUGCUUUCUCAACUGAUAACCGUCAGAUCGUUUCGGCUUCUCGUGACCGUACGAUUAAGCUCUGGAACACGCUCGGUGAAUGCAAGUACACGAUCUCCGAUGGUGAGGGACACAAGGAGUGGGUGAGCUGUGUGAGGUUUAGCCCUAACACACUUGUGCCUACAAUUGUCUCCGCUUCGUGGGAUCACACCGUGAAAGUCUGGAAUCUCCAGAACUGUAAGCUGAGGAACACUCUCGCCGGACACUCUGGUUACCUGAACACGGUGGCGGUGUCGCCAGAUGGUUCUCUGUGUGCGAGUGGUGGGAAAGAUGGUGUGAUCUUGUUGUGGGAUUUGGCUGAGGGGAAAAAGUUGUACUCUCUUGAAGCUGGCUCGAUUAUUCACUCGUUGUGCUUUAGCCCGAACAGAUACUGGUUGUGUGCGGCGACUGAGAACUGCAUUAGGAUCUGGGAUCUUGAGAGCAAGAGCGUUGUUGAGGAUUUGAGGGUUGAUCUCAAGAUUGAGGCUGAGAAGUCUGAUGGUGCUGUUGGAGGCGCAAACAAGACUAAGGUGAUCUACUGCACGAGCUUGAACUGGAGUGCAGAUGGAACACAUUGUUCAGUGGAUACACUGAUGGAGUGA